GUGAAUUCUUCCCCUCAAAAAAAAAAAGUUCCAGUGAAUUCACUCGCACAACCCUGAAAUCGAAACUGAAACCAAACCAAGAUCGAGCGGAAGCACGGCACCAAGCAAUGGAGGCGCUGCUGGAGCUAGAGAAGGUGCAGAGAGUGCUCUCCCUCAUGGGCUCCCGCGGCCUCUCCGACUCCGACGGCAGCGGCGGCGGGGACCGCUUCCUCGCCCACUUCCUCCUCUUCCUGGCGCAGCCGUUUGAUUCACUUGCCAUUGAGAAGAAGGUCGUAUUAAUCUCUGAGCUUUUGAGAGAGGUUAAUUCUGAUACUCUCAAAGAAGUGCAACGUCUAGCCAGUCUGGAAGGUACUAAUAAUAGGGAAGAUGAACCAACUAAGAAGUUCAAGACGGAUGGCGAGAAAUUAACCAUUCAGGAUGCGCCUAUGAUUGGAUUCGAUGCAAUGAUGAGAGCCAAUUCCACGCUUGAAGAUUUUUGCAGGUCAUACUUCAUAUUUCAUGGUUUGGAUGUUAACAUACCACACUCUGUUUUCAAGUUUCUUCCUUUCCUUUCUUUUACAGAGAGCUACAUAUACCAGUUAGAUGCUUCAAAUGAAGACAGUUUGCUAUUAGUUCCAGAGAACAACUCUUCUUCAACAGUAUUGGAAAGGAAAAUACAAGGUUCUAGUCAGAUGUCCUUGUCUGACAUGCUUGACCCCCUUGAUAAUCUUCUUCAAUGCCAGGGGUUAAUGACAGAUCAAUUGCGAAAUGAACUCAAAUCUGGCAUCCAGUAUUGGUCUCUAGAGAGGAAGCUUUGUCAAGCAUUAUCAAGAAAGGAUAAGAUAUCUAUCGAAGAUGUUAUGGAAGCAAUCCAUCUCAAAUCUUUUGACUAUCGAGUUCUUAAUCUGAUGAUGUAUCGGCUUACUGGUCAGCAGGUCAAUGACUUGCACAUGGAGUUCUUGUCUGUCUCAGAAUUUUUAGUUGAGAUAUGUGAUGACCUGUAUGAUUAUGAGGAUGAUGUGGUUAACAAUACUUUUAACAUCCUCCGCAUGUUUGCUGCGAUAUAUGGACCUUUAGAUGCACCAAAGAUGUUGGCCAAGUGCAUCGGUGAAGCUGAGGAAAAAUAUGAGAGCUUCUCAAAGAAAUUGGACCCUAGCAUCUCAAGAAGUUACUGGAGAAGAUGUGAGGAGGCUACAAAGGAAGGUGGAAAAAUAUCAGGCCAUGCGUAUGGCACAUGGAAUAUCCCUCCUUUGAUAGGAGAUGAAGAAUCAUUUCGCCUUGAUAGAUUGAACAGAGGUGAUGCUUCUGCCAUGGCCAUCAGAUGACAGGCCCAAAGCCAAUUAAGCGGGCCCUACAUAUUGCUUGGACUGGCUUGACUGAACUCCUCUCCAUCCAGAUUGGUGCAGAUGGCAUCUCCCGUGCAUUAUGGAACCUCCCACUCGUGGUCUCGCAGCUUAAAUUUCAGACCCGCGUGGCCUGCGUGGUCAUCGCUGGUGCUUCAAUGCUCUCCGUGCAGGCAGCUCACAUGGGGCGAGUGGACCAAAAUGUGAUCGUUUGUUGAUUGAUUAACAGUUGUGCAGAUCCAGGAUAUAAUAUGUUCAUGCAUCUAGCCAGAUCAUCCGUGUACUUGCGCCAAUCAGCUAUGUAUUUGAAUAAGUGCAACGCGAGUCAUGCAUUGAGGUUAACUACUAUACUUAGUAAUACUAUACGGUGAAGUAAUAUUAUGACUUA